CGGAAAACUAAAAUAAAUUAUUUUAACCGUUGGAUUUUAAUUUCAGCCGUUGGAUCAAUUUUUUUCCCGUUCAAACAGUGUCCAAAUCAUCACAACCGUUGGAUCUACCAAUAUUUUUAAAAAUUAGUGUUCUAUGACAUCAGCAUGAAGUCAUCCUAACAUCAACCCCUAAAUAAUUUCGUCUCAUAUCCCACAUGGCCCACUGACCUUUCCUCCCUUUGCGCACCACAUGUGCCGCCUCACCCUUUUUUAGUCUCCCUCCUUCUACACUCUUCAUAUAUACUCUCACCAUUUUACUCCCCCAUUUAGCCAAUCACUACAAUGAUUUAGGAGUCCAUAAUUUUCAUUUUUAACAUUUUGGACUCCUAAUACCUCACCAGUCUAAUUGGUCUCAUAGUUGUUUAGUUGAUAAAAGGAGAUUGAUAUGAUAAGUAAACGGCUAAAAAGAAAAGUGAUAUGAAUUUCAAAGAUGUUUUUUUUCAAAGACAUAAAACAAAACAAAAAACAGUACUUCGUAUAUUUAAAUGGGCUAAAAACAUUUUUCUUGAAAUUACUCACAUUUCUCCAAUCCCUUCACCUAUUCCCGCCCACGGCCCCCACAAACGGGAACUAAAAUUCCCAGAACCCUUCGGACAAUAUACGGGGAUUUGUACCAGUUUACUACUCCCACCCAUUUUACUUCCCAUCAAACAAACGCACCGUUUUUUAUCCUCACCGACAACUCUUCCGCAUAAACUUCCACGAGAUCUCCUUAUGCCAGCUUUCCGAAUAUCCAGACACUUCAAUUAUCGAUUCCGCAGAAAUCUGACCUAAAAUCUCUUACCUCAACUUCAGCUUCUGGAGCUCCGAUCCCAAGCUGAGAUUUGGGGGUAUAGAAGAUGCUAGAUCGGUUCUUGAGUGCGAGGAAGGCGUGGCAAGUCCGGCGGAUUCUCCGCAAUGGAAAGGUUACCCUCUUCUGCCUCGUCCUCACCGUCGUCGUCCUGCGUGGCAAUCUCGGCGCCGGAAAGUUCGGCACCCCCGAGAAGGAUCUCAAAGACAUCGCAGAAACUUUGAGCUACUACAGGAAGCGGGCCGAGCCGCGCCGCGUCCUUGAAGAAGCGGAGCUAGUUAACGUCACUGGCGGAGGUAAUGUCAGCAACGCCGAUUCCGGGUCGGUUGACAUCCAUAGCUACAAAGAGUUUGAUCUUGGGAAGGUUGUGGUUGACGAGGAUGAUGGGGCACCCGAAUUCACAAGGGAUCCGAACGAGCCGUACAGUCUCGGCCCCAAGAUUUCUGAUUGGGACGAGCAGAGAGCGGAGUGGUUGAAAACGAAUCCUGAUUUCCCUAAUUUCUUGGGACCCAAUAAACCUAGGGUUUUGUUAGUCACCGGGUCGUCUCCAAAACCAUGCGAGAACCCCAUUGGAGACCAUUACCUGUUGAAAUCGAUUAAGAACAAGAUUGACUACUGCCGGGUACACGGGAUUGAGAUAUUCUACAACAUGGCUUUGCUGGAUCCAGAAAUGUCUGGUUUUUGGGCCAAACUGCCAUUGCUGAGGAAGCUUCUGAUUUCGCAUCCAGAAGUUGAACUGUUAUGGUGGAUGGACAGUGAUGCAAUGUUUACUGACAUGGCCUUUGAGCUGCCAUGGGAGAGGUACAAGGACUCAAACCUCGUGCUACACGGUUGGGGUCAUGAAGUGUACGAGAAAAAGAAUUGGAUCGGAUUGAACACAGGCAGUUUUCUGCUAAGGAACACUCAGUGGUCAUUGGAUCUUCUUGAUGAAUUGGCUCCAAUGGGGCCCAAGGGGAAGGUCCGGGAUGAUGCUGGGGCAUUACUGACCCAGGAGCUCAAGGGUCGGCCUGUUUUCGAAGCAGAUGACCAAUCAGCUAUGGUUUAUCUCCUGGCAACACAGCGGGAGAAGUGGGGCGAUAAGGUGUUUCUGGAGAAUCUCUACUUCUUGCACGGCUAUUGGGGAAUUCUAGUGGAUAGGUAUGAAGAAAUGAUCGACAAUUACCACCCAGGCUUCGGUGACCAUAGAUGGCCAUUGGUGACUCACUUUGUGGGUUGCAAGCCGUGUUCAAAGAUGGGAGAAUAUAAAGUAGAGAUAGAGAGGUGUUUGAAGCAGAUGGAGCGGGCUUUCAAUUUCGGGGACAAUCAGAUCCUGCAAAUGUAUGGGUUCACUCAUAAGACUCUCGAGAGUCGGAGAGUGAAGAGGAUCCGAAACGAGACUAGCACUCCUCUUGAAAUCAGGGAUGACCUUGGAUUGCUUCACCCUUCUUUUACAUCUGUCAAGGUAUAGUAUAGCCUUCUUUACUGCACUUUUGCAGAAGAGAUCGAUGGUGAAGUUUUUUUCUUUUUUCUCUUCAUGUACAAUUGAUUUAUGUAUACUACACUGCUGUGAUCUGUUCUCCUUUUUGUCUCUCAUUAGAGGUGUGCUUGUUGUAUUCAUUCAUCAUAUUGUUAAUGUGUCAUAUCUCAGUCUUAAACUUGUAUCUUUUUCAUGCAAGGUAUGGUUGUAUCAUUUUAUGUUGCUCUGUGUCAACGAAUGGAUACAUGUAGCCUGGGUAUUUGUUCUUCUUGACUGCUAACUUUGAACUUUUAUAUUGCAUGGGUAAGAGGCAGUUGGUUACCGUUUGCUUUGGUUAUGUUUGAUAA